UGAGGUCUGAAGUUCUCAUAACUCUGAAUUAUCAAAUUCAGAUUGGAUCUGUAAUGAGUUGCAGCUCCACUGAUUUCAGAUGCUCUGGAAUGUGUAUCUGUCUCUCAGAGGGCAGUUCGUUUUAUGCUAAAGCUGGAAGUAUUGAUCCAGUUUUGAUUCUGAGGAGUUUUGUGUGUCUCUCCUUUCUUUAGAGAAAAUGGAAUAUAUAGACAAGGUGGCAAACUAGAUUGCUAAAGUCAGGUGGCACUAACCCACCUUUGGCAACUUGGGUCUAUGUCUUAGGACAUGGAGACAUGUCCUAAAUGUGAUUAUAAGUAACUGAUAUAUUAAGUGUAUAUAACAAUGUUUAAUGCUUAUUCAGUGCUUUCUUUUACUGGAUUACAGAGCAGCUCACAAGACUUUUUACAGUUUUGGUCCUAGUUUAUAGAUGAGAGGAUUAAGUCACUAAAUGUGAAGUGGCUGGUUCAAGGUGCUAAAGUGAACCAGUGGCAAAACUGGAAAGAGUUAAAGCCUGAUGCUUUUUUUUUCACGUGGAUAUACCACGUUAUAAUUUUGUUUACCUGUAGUAUUUUAUAAAUUGUCCUCAUUUGUUGAUGAUGUUGUAAGUAAGCACUGAAAUGCUGCAGGUUGCUUGUAUUCUUGAAGCAGUUUUGCCUUGCUUUUCCUUGAAGCUAGGCUUUUGUGUGUUGAAAAUAUGAGUAAAUGGGUGAAGUCUGCCUUUUCUACCCCUUUACACAAAUUAUAUAUAAGAUUUCCAGUAAAAUGAUAUUUGAUUUCCUGUGAAAGAAUGCAUAAAUUUUACCAUAUCUUUCUAAUACCAGUAGGUGCUUCAGCUGUUUUUCACUGUGCUUGGCCAGGCUAUAUCUGGAAGAACAAAAAGUGAUUAUAGCUCCUAAGAUACAGUUACCAGCAAUCAGACCGACAAAGGGGUUAAAAGUAAGACAGCCCUAUCUCUUACUUCAGUGGAAGUGUAGUUGAUGAUUUAAAGCUCUCGGUAAAUGAUUGUUGGAGACCUGCCAUGGGGAGCAGAGCAUUCGGAAAGCAUACCACAGCCUCUGCUUCCUCCUGAAGAGCGGUUGUCUGUCAACAUCUCACUUCAAUUGUAGUUUUUAAGGUACCAGAAGGCAGGCAAAACUCACCAGCCAGCAGUCAUGGAAGAUCAGGUCUUUAUCAAUGUUUAUCAAAAUGUUAACAACACCAUUAUCUAUGAGUUUCCAGACUCCAAGGAAGACAAACACGUUUAUGAUCGUGUCCAUGAAGAUCCAGGAUCUCCUUCCAUCACUAUUGUCCCAGAGAGCAUGGAUAGCAGUCAAGAUAGCUCAGAAGAUAGCUAUAGUAAUUCUGUGGUCUCUCAGCAUGGGGUUUACAGGGAGGAUGGUUCUUCAUCUCACCAUGGUGCUGUAGAAGACCAUCCGUACCAGAAGAUGGAUCUGCUGAGCCCAACUCUGGAAGAUAAACACGUAGAGGGCAUGAUGUUUGAGAGCAACGUGCAUUUUCCUCCAGGUUUCAAGUUGCGUCGGAGCCAGAGCAAUUCUUCCAACUCUUCAACUUCCCUCAAGUUCCCCCUUAACAAUAACUUUGGAGAAACUGACAACUUUCAGGAAGACUAUGAGAUUUUCAUGUUUGUAAAGGCUGGUAUCGAUGGAGAGAGCAUUGGGAACUGCCCAUUCUCCCAGCGACUCUUCAUGAUCCUGUGGCUCAAAGGAGUUGUGUUCAACGUCACCACUGUUGACCUAAAAAGAAAACCAGCUGACCUACACAACCUGGCUCCUGGGACCCACCCACCUUUCUUGACCUUUAAUGGAGAAGUCAAGACAGAUGUUAACAAGAUUGAGGAAUUCUUGGAAGAGACUCUUGCACCUCCAAAGUACCCAAAGCUGGCUGCUAAGCACCGGGAAUCAAACACUGCUGGAAUUGAUAUCUUCUCCAAAUUUUCUGCAUACAUCAAAAAUACCAAACAGCAGGAUAAUGCUGCCCUUGAAAGAGGCUUGGUGAAGGCUCUGAAGAAGCUGGAUGACUAUCUGAGAACACCUCUACCAGAGGAGAUCGAUGCAGGCAGCACUGAAGAGGAGAAAGUGUCUAAACGCAAGUUUCUGGAUGGAGAUGACCUGACUCUUGCUGACUGCAACCUUCUGCCCAAACUCCAUGUUGUCAAGAUUGUUACAAAGAAAUACCGCAACUUUGACUUCCCGACAGAGAUGACGGGGCUGUGGCGAUACCUGAAGAACGCGUAUGCCAGGGAUGAAUUCACCAACACCUGUGCAGCAGACAAAGAAAUUGAGCAAGCCUACGCAGACGUGGCCAAGCGGCUCAGCAAGUCCUAACUGCCCUCGGCCGUGGCUCAGUAUCCCCUUUUACAGACUCUUCUCCUCGUUGCCUUAAGAUAUACUUUAUAAUUAUGCUAUCUGGUUGGCAUCCCAAUGACUUCACCUAUUCGAGUGUAUUGGUCAGGGACAAAUCUGCUUCUCCCUGGAGAAAACAGAAGGCAGCUCUAGUGUGGGGGGUGGAGAGACUUUGAAAUCUGAACCUAAGAUCUGGCUAAACUAGUAUUAUUUGCAAUCAGUAUUGGAAAUGAGUCCGCUUUACUAGUUUCUUGUUUCAUGUUGGGGGUAUAUCAACCACUUUUGGAGUUUUAAAAAUAAGAUAUUAACUGAAAUUUCAAGUAAGAGAUUUAGGAAUACACAGAACAGGUUCUUUUGUAGGUUAUGUCAAGGAUGCUUCCCUUCUGCUGGUGCUAUUGGGAUCCUUGAGGCAGGAGCAAAAUACGAGAGAGAGAGAGGUAAAGAAGUUUGUCCCUAAAGGUGAAAUGCUCUUAGCAGUUACACUAUAAAAAACUUUCUGAAUGCUUAUUCUGUCCUAGCAGGCCCAAGAGCUUCUAGGGUAUUUAUUUUUAACUUGGCGCAAAGAGGGGAAGCCUGAGAGAAUAUGUCAGACUUGCAGAUGCUACUUUGCAUAAAAUUUGCAUGAUAUUGCUGGAUCCGAAUGUUUGAAGUGAAAGAGAGUGAAUGAGCAAUUAAGCAGGCAGCCCUUGGAAGAGCAGGGCUCAUGCCAAAAUGCCCAGUGGAUCUGCUAGUUGGUAGAGACACUCAGACACAGCAAGAGUGGGGGCAGAAUAUUGACUCCAGCAAAUAGAGGGAAUUGGCACAAUGAACCAAACCACGUAGGAUAUUGUCGUAUUGACUGUAUGGUUGCCAGUUCCUUUAUAAUUACUAUCUUGGGAAGCUUGGGUCGGCAGGAGAAAGCUGUUGCUGCACAUGAAUUCCAGGCAGGGGAAGUGCUUUCUCCAUGUUGAGCUCCAGAUGGGUCACUUUCAAGCACUCAUCAUCUCACCCCAGGAGAAGUUUGCUCCAAAAGCCUCAAAGAGGGCAGACUAAAACAGAGGGAGGCACAUUUCCAGCAAAAAAUUUAGCUAGGGUCCUAGCAGAAAUCCAUGUGUGACACCUUCGUCCUGCUCCUCCAGGGUUUACCAACCCAGGUUACACAAUUUGGAAUAAGGAUUGUUCCCUAAAACUGGUUGUUUUGUUCUGUCUGUAGCAUCUGCCUGACACAAUCUGCUUUAUACUAGUGAUUAUUUGCAUGUUAUUUUAGCAAUUUCAGAAUGACAGCUCUUUUACAUGAAACUCACAUGCCCUGAUAUGCACAACAGUGCGCAUGGCUCUUGAUUUUCAGUUUGGGGAGAUUUAACUGUUGUGUUCAAAGAUAAAAUAAAACCCGAUGUGACUCCCCUUCUGGUCAGAGUUGCAGAGAGCUGCACUGAUUUGAGGGUAACCCCAAGCUGUGACCAAGGGGAACCUCACAGCUGGCUUGUUUGUAGCCAGAGAGCUGAAGGACCGGAGACAGCAUCGAAAAUCAGCCUCUGCCCUGUGAUGCCGAUGACAAUCUGAAGCCAUCCCUGUUGCCUGAUUAUUCUGCUUUUCACGCUAACCCAGCUGGGAGCAGAAUGUUGCUCGUUGAUUGUGAAGAUAGCUUGUGGUUUACUAUUGUUUUGCAUGCGAUGGUCAAUUUGUUUUGAAUGUUUCAAAGCCAUGGAAGAAAAUCCAUGAACUCCCAAAUCUUCCCUCAAAAUGGGCUAUUUUAACAAUGGCUAGACUGGAGGGCAAAGGCUCACACUCUUUAAAAUAUUGCUGAGAAAUCAGCUGGCUCAGAGAACACUAAUAGCAGCCAGAAAAAUCUAAUAAGAUUAGAAGUGGCUGUGCAAGCACAUGUGGCUUGUUAAAAACAUUUCUUCAUGAGAUUGGAGUUAUUUGUGAUUUUUUUUGUGUGUGUGUAAAUUAAGGCAACUAUUUAUUUAUUUAUUUUAAUUGACUCGGUCCUUUCUGUCUGUUUUUCUGGUUUUGUUUUCACUCAGCACACUGAUCAAGAUGGCUCUGUCCGUUUAGAAAAGUGUUAUUAGUAACGCUCUGCAAAUUUGUUUCUGGGGAAAAGUCUUCUGUCUGGUUAAUUGUCACUGGGAUUUUUUACUUUCGGUAUGAUUUGACCAGGAGCAUGCCAAUCAACAGAAUCUACAUUGUCUUUUUCCAGGUUUGUUUCAAUUAGUGGCUUUGCUUAAUCACAUUUGCAGUGAAUCUUUGAAUGAAGACUCAGAGGCAGAUGCAGAUUCUUCCUCUGUGUUUAUUAUUUUUAGCUCCUUAAAGAAGAUUGUCCAAACAUGCAGUAGAUGUCAGGCUGAGUAAGUGAACCAGUUCAGGAUCUGUCAUAAUUUCUUCCAUCUCUGUGGAUCUUUAACAAUUUCCUGAAUCCCGUGGUCCUGAAAUGUUCUAGUAUGUCUUACUUGAGUUUUGCUAGAAUAAGGCCAAAACACAGUUGAUUUCAGUGACUUCAAAUUGCAUCUGUUUUUAAAAAACUAUGUUUAAUAAUGGUUUGGCUUAUACCAAAAAGAGCUGUUAGUGCAAUGAGUUUUUUCUAAGAUGAUUUGCAUGCUCUUGUUAAAAUUUUUUUAGGAUUUCAUUGUAAAAUCUGAAAAUCCCCAAGCUACCUUCCUUUUAAUUAUUAAUUAAACAACUCCAAAAUACCUCAAUUUUUCUAACAAUGCCCCCCCAAAAUCUUGAUGAAACUUAUUGAUCAAUAUGAAAAAGAAUAAGAGGAAAAUGAAAACAGUUUUCAGCUACCAUGCCUGUUCUGUCUGAAUUAAAGUCUCACUCUUAACUUUGCAUUUUACUCAUAGCCCUAUUGUGGGCUGAUGCAAGUUUAUGGACAGGUUCAGGCAUUCCCUGACCUUUGUUUAGAUUUGAAAUCCAAGCUCAUGUUUUCAGACCUGUAACUUUUGCUCACCUUUGUGCUUUUUGGCUUUAGCCAUAGUCAGAAGCAGGAAAUACUGGAAAUCCUACAUAGAAAAGUGUUUUGCUAAGAUUUUGAGCUCAGUUCUCAAGACUCAGGAUCCACCACCAGUGAGGUUUUAAAGGGCUCCAGACUCCUUUAAGCAGAGUAUUUUUUGUGACCUUCCAUUGUAUUUAGAAUUAUAAGUAAUAAAUAUUAAUCAUACAGGAUUGUGUAUCUACAUUGGCAAGGCAGCAUUUCUGAAAAGAAUCUAAGUGGCAAGACAGACAUUGCAGAUUUACAAUAACUUUGUUCAUAAAUUUUUUGCAAGAUGUAAAGAAAGACAUAGUGCAGAGGGGGAAGAAGCCAACAAUGUGGAUUUAAUCAUCUGCAUUACAGAAAUGCAGACCAAAUGUCUGUAAAGAUGUCCAUUUCAUCCAAACAUUUCUUAGAUAUUUAUUUCAAAGCUCCCUGUUCAGUCAAUCCAACACUCCAUUCAUAUUGGAGCUAAUAUUGAUUCUUCUUCUAUUAGCAGUGGUAUGGGAGUGCUAGAGGAUCUCGUAUAUUAGUUAUUCUAUUUUCUGUUGGACUGUUUGAUUUGCCAAGAGGUCAUCUUGCUGUGCAAGUAGGACUGAAGAAGUACCAUUUUCAAUAUAAGUCUUCUGACAAACAUUUUUUUCCAAUAUAAAGAAUCAUAUAAUGUCAUUGUUUUAUCAGGUCUAGUGUGAAAUAUAGAGCUACAGGUUACUCCUAUGUUUGCAUCAGCUGAAAAGUCACAGCCAUGGAGGAAUGACAGCCUAAAUCACGGAGAAAUUAGAUGCCUUUUUUUCCUACAAGUUCAGCUGAAUUGCACAUUGCAACUUCUUUUGCAUAUGUAUUUUAUUUUAACCUCCAGCCACCUUUCCUCCUCUCAUCCCUGCUAAAAGUCAAGUCUAAAUUAGCCGUGAAAAUUCUACUGUUUCCUCAGUGCUAAGUAGCGGGGUGCUCAUGGAUGGGCACACAGGGAAGAGGGUUUUAUCCAUGUUGUGGGAUGAAGUCCAAAGGCCACCACUGCACCAGCAGCGAAGGUGAGAAGCGGAGAGAACUCCCUUUCUGCAUUGACUGAGUUUAGCUAAUUAUCCGAGUUUCAGGUAUUGCAAAAAUAUAGGCAGUGGAAAUCCCACUUAUGUAAAACCCCAGGAGCAAAUGGAAACAUUCACUUUUCAAAAUUAAUGGGUGCUAUAAAGAAAAAAAUAACCCGAAAAUGUUGUGUCCUCCGUCAUGUAUAUUCCUUUAUGCAUCAGGAAGUUUGCAUUUGUUUAUUAUUCUGCUAAAUAUAAUCAUUAUUCUUGAAUUGCUUUUGAUACUAAGAAAUAUUUUCCAGUAAGAUUUUGCCUUUCUGCUGAAUCUUUCAUCUCUUCUUUAAUUGUGAUGACUGCAAUGACCUGGCAAUUGCAGAGGAGGCAGGAAAGCUGUGAGGCUUAUACUUGUUGAGAAGUUGAAGGAGGUAAUGAUUUUUUUUGAGAAAACAAUAUUAAAAAUAUUUUUUUUGAAUGUGUUAUUUCAUCUGGGGUAUUUUAACCAAGAGGAUAGACUGUUUAGUCCAGACUCUGAUUUUCAGCACAGACCUGUGCAAGCCACCAUGUUUAAGAUGCCUUUGCCUUGGGAUUUCCUCAGGAUACAUAGAGACGUUCCUGCCGAGUCACAAAAUUUCCCAUUUCCUUGAUCAGGAGGGAUCUGCUGGUUUGUACUGGCACUGGACUAUGACGGGCCACUAACUCAGUGCUAGGCAGUGAAAAAAGGGUUCCUGUUCCCUUCUCUCCCCUUGUAGCUCACAUACAGGGAAAGCAGAAAGCAUUAACCUGUUUUAUUUCCUUGUCCCCUGUCCCAGGCAACACUCCAACCCUGGGAAAGCACAGAAACCCCAUCCAGUGCUGGUUUUCAAAGCUUGAUCUGCCCAUCUUUUAACAUGAGACAUAAAGGUCUGAAGACCCCCAUGUAGCUCCUCAGGCAGUGUUACAGGACUCAGCAGUGUCUCAGAGACUGCAACAAUCACAUUAUUCCCAUCGCCCCAAACCAUUCCCCUUUCACCAUUUACUGGAGAGAUGCUAAAGCUGAAAAUAAUCUGGAGGAUGCACUUGAAUGUGUUCUAUUUUGAACCGUGCUCAUCACCUAACCCGCUCUGGACGAUGACACCGUGGCAGCUCAGCAGGUCAUGGCUCUGCUGCCAAAGGGAUGACCCAUCGCCUGUUGGAGCAAUAGCACUUGGGUGGAAAUGCUGAAGCUGCUUGGCCAAGGGUGAUGCAACCAAGAUGAAAUGUUUCGGUGCCACCUUUUCUCCGGCCUGGCUCUUGAGCUGAAGUGUGUUAGCAGCUCAGCUGGGGCCAUGCACUAACGAGCAUUUCUAGCUUGUAGCAUGUGAAUAGAGACUACUCAUGUGUUUAAUGCUAAACAUGUGCUUGCCUGCUUGCCUGGAGAGGGGCCUAAAAGUCAUGACAGAGAAGCCUAUCUUAAUGAAGAGCAUUAUUAUUCUCUUUUCCUUUGAAAUCUGGUGGCAGGAUUCCCAGUGGGGGAAUUCCCAAUAGGAAUUCCCAGUAGAGCCCAAGGCUAUAUAAGCACGAAGAUGUUUCUAGUGUGAAGGUGCCCUCAGUGAACAGAAACACUCAAGGAGAAAAGGAGGCAGCUUCUUACUACAGAAGCAGGACACCAGCUUGGUCCCAGUGGUAACUGGAAGGUCAUCACCAGUGCUGUCAGGCCCCAUCCUGGUUUAUCAUGGAGACGUUCUGAGGGGAGCUGGGACCAGGUCACGUUGAUGGUGUGAUACCAAGGCAUAUUCUGCUGUAUCUCCAACCACACUCUCUAUGGUGGUAUCCCACAGUAUAACACCACCUCCAUUGUCUGUGCCUCUUAUUAUGAAGUAGCUUGUCUAAAGAAAAGAAGGGUGGGGGAUUUAUUUUUUAUGUAUACAUGGAGUAAAAACAAUCCAAAUAUGCUCUAAUGGUUCUCAACAUGAUACUGUCAAUUCUCACCACAGGGUGGAAUUUGUUGGUGGAAAUUAAAUUACACUAAAUUAAAACAGAAAAGCUUGGCUGUUGCUAAUGGGUACUACUGGGAGCCCUAAAAGCAGUUUACAGUGUAGAACCAUAACAGGAGUGAACAUCCUUUAAUUCCCAGCAUCACUUGGGUUUCACAGAGUCAUUUCAGCCUAUUCUGCCACACUGCUGAGAAGUUGCUUUUUCCCUGUCUCCCUAGGUCUAUAAACUCUGAAGAAUUUGGGAAAUGGCUACAGGCAACACAUUAAUGUCUUUCUUUUUGACUUUUUUCCUCCCUCUUCAUUAAACUAACUACUUUAGUUUGGAAGUAACCGAUAAGUAAAUAGAAUUUGCAAACAGCGAAUUUCUCUGCUUUUUCAUUAAGGAAGUUUUUAAGAGCUUUCAGGAAAUGAGAGAUUAUACCAAGCUUUGGGAAUAAAAUGUGGUAUAAAACAUAUAUAGAAGUGUGAUUCUGAUUAAAUAAUUUAAGCAAGAAGAUUACAGUUUGCUUUAAGGAACAUACUCAAUACUAAACAAACAGGAUACUCCAGAAACUGCAAGAGGGAUUUAAGAUUCAUUUCUAGUCUCUGUUGUGUGGUGUUUUUCUAUUUAAUUUUAUUUUUAUUUUAACUAAUGAUUGUACAACAUAAAAACUAUAUAUAUUGACUUUCUUUAACUGCAUUAUUUAAUUCAAGAAUGCUGUGUAAUGUAUUGGGAUGGAAGGUGGCAUAAAAGGAAAGCUUAUACCCUUGAAGCAGCAUUAUUACUACUGAGUCUUUGAUUUUGUUCCCACUGGAAUAAACAAGAGCCGCACCACUUAGUUGUGUAGAAGCAGGAUCUCAGCUCUCCAGAUGCAGAUAGUUUGGCAGCUUCUGUGGAGGGUAAUUUGCUGUUUAGCAACCUGAGCCUUGCGGUGGGCACAGGGAAGCGGACAGGACAGUCCUGGACUGAAUGGAUGGCGUUGCUUGCGCAUGACCGCGGAGAAUCCCCUGCUGUUACAAAAUGAGAUUAAGCCAUCAUGAGACGUGGACUGGCUCACCCUGAACCAGACACAUUUGCCGACAGCACAGCCGCUAAAUUGCUCUGACAUCAGGAACCGCAGCGCAAGAGCUCGGCCUCAGACACAAGUCAAAGCGGCAUCUUCGCCACCAGUCGUUUUCUAUUUAUAAUGACACGGAUCUAUUUUAUAGUCACAGGGAGGCACGACAGGAGUGGCCUUUGUUCUGCCUAAAUCGCAUUUCUCAUGCGGGUGGGUUUAAAGACAGCCCUUGGCCCUGUGCCACGCACCCGGGGCAGGCGAUCCUGGCACCACAAUGCACACCCUGUCGUGCUCCAGCGCUCAAAGGCUCCGGCACUGGAGCAAUAAACUCCUGCUAAAUGGCUUAAAAACAUUCCCUUAAGUGUGCUGAGCUGCCACUCUGCCUCGCUUCUCCUUUCCAAUACUAUUUUAUGUCUAAGACUAUUGUGUCAAAUAAGCCAGGAGUAUAUUGCGUUGUUUAGUGUUGGAAAUCACUUGAUGUUAUUGACCAUAAGAAAUUGGGGUGAAAAGACCCAAGACCAAAUUCAACCCUCUUUCCUAGUAUAAAACUGACUACUUAAGCAUGCGACCGUAUUUUCAGAGGCUGCAAGUCAAUUGCCAACAGCUGCUUCAUUUGGUUUCUGGAUAACAGGUCCUCAUCUCUGCAAAUCCUUGUAGAUAUAAUGGCACACCCAUAUCUUUUAUUUUCUGCCCUUUUUUUUUUUAAAUGAAGUCUUCUGAUCUGUAUGGUCUAGAAAUGUAUGAUCUAACAAUCAGUAGAUUUACUUUUAUAGUCUUGACUGCUUGACUGUUUUCAGUUCUAAAGCCUGAAGAUCAAAACCAAGUUGCACAGUGGUGAACAGAAAUGCUUUUUUUCCUUCAAAACCCACUAAUUUUCAAAUCUGACUCACUUAGGGCACAAUUCUGGUUGCUUAGAGAAAGGUUUGAGGCUGAAAGAGAGAAAGGGGAGGCACCAGACAUGCUACUGUUCUUCCACUGAAAGAGGACAGCAAGAACCAGUCUGGAAAUCCUGAGAGUUAUAUGGACAUAUUUUCCAUAUUUAGUGUGAAAGCAACUUGUACAGAGACCCGAAUUGCCUAUACUACCCCACAACUGCUUAAAAAUUGCAAUAACAUAAAAAAGCAAGAUUUGGGAUAUGAACAAUGAGAUGAUGAUCAGGCAUGGUACCUUUUCAUGGCAUUCUGUAGGAAAAAAAUAUCUCAUUUGAAAGGACACUCAGCUGUUUAGGUAUUGGCCCAGACCCAAGGCCAUGGCUGAAUUUUCUCCACUGAAAUGUCAUCUAUCUCAGAAACACCUAAUGGUGGAUCUGCGGGAAUAAAAGUAAAGAUUGGUAACUCUUAAGGAGAACGCAGGAAUGAUCUUUAAACUCAGAUCUGGUAAGCUUCAAAGAAAAGUAACUUAUUUAUAAACUACUAUUUUAUAGUGGUUGACAGUGACAAGUGACCACACAUCUAGGGGUCUCCAUCAGAUAAGAAAGACAGGAUGAACCCUUUUGCAUAGUUGUGAUUGUCAGUUGAGACACAUCCUCUGUUAAUGGGUAAUUUUAGAUUAGACUGUAACCUUUUGGGGUAGGAGCUAUAUGUUUCUUCUCUGUAUGUGCAGCUCCUAACAUAAUAGGAGCCUGAUUAGAGCCGUCAUGUGCUGCUCUAACCCUUGUAAUAUAUAAUAAUAGAAAUAAUACAUUUAAAACAUAUUGCAGUUCACCUUUAAUAUUAUGGUUGUGUGGCUCUAUUCUGUCAACUGUGACUAAAAUUAAUGUCCUUUUUGUAUAGUAAGUAGUAUAUUUUAUUAUUGAAGGAACAGUUAAAUUUAAUUUUUAAAAGAAAAGAAGUAUCUGCUCUUUGCUUCAUUUUAAGCUUUUGGAUAAAUCAUCAAAUAUUUAUUUUGUAUCCUUCAAAUGAUUAUGUGUUAAAUGAAGAAAUCCACCUUCUUGAAUUGGAGCUGUUUAUAAUCUUAUAUUCCAAGAGUGAUUAACACCUGAUAAUUUGAAUAAAAGUGGUUUAUUUUCUCA